AACACGUGUUUGCGUUAAUCCGGAAAUCGAAUUUGACAGAAGUGCACGACAAUUUCAAAUUUAUAGAACAUUAAUUUUUCCUCAUUGUAAGACUAGUCCUUAUUCAAAAACCAUCCUUUAAAAUUUUGUAAGAGAAGUUUCUAGAAGCUUUACCCGUUUACCGUCAUACUCAACCUAAAAUUAUUCGCCGUACAGUCGUUACACUCGUUACUCGUAGACCGGCGACUCUCUCGCCGUCGCCGAUUCAAAUCAUAGACCUCGGGAGACAGGGGAACUGCAAAGCAUUGUUUAUUGACACCCUUUCCACCUGAACCCUGCAACAACAUGUCUUUCUGCAAGCAAGAAGGAAAGGACAAGAUCAUUUUUCUGGCAGAGGAAGAUGACACCAAACCUACAAUCAAAUUACCAGAUGAUGAAGAACCUGCUGGCCUGAUUAAAGAAGAUGGAAGUCUGAACUGGAGCUGUCCUUGUCUCGGAGGCAUGGCCACAGGUCCGUGUGGGGUUGAAUUCCGAGAUGCUUUCACCUGCUUUCACUACUCAGAAGCUGACCCUAAGGGCAGUGAUUGUGUUGAGACCUUCAGAACAAUGUCCCAAUGCAUGGCAGAAUUUCCAGGUGUGUACGGUAGCGGAGAAGAUAAUGUCAUGAACGUCACAGAAGACGAAGAAGAAGAAAGUGAAGGGAGGUCCUCUUUAUCCUCGGAUCGUACCGUCAGUAAAGUAGAAGAUAAACCCAGUGAACAGGAAAGCAACAAUACUAGUCAAAGUAGCUCCAGUCAAGCAAGUAAGAGUUAAUUAGGAUUUGAUUGGUGUAAAUAAUGUGAAGUUUAUUUUUCAUUGUACAGUCCAACUCGUACGUGCAACGUUCAAUUUUCCAUAGGAGUUGACGUCUAUCGCAAUCCUUAUUGAUGAACAUGAGAAUCCGGCAUUUCAUCUACGCGGUCGCGCUGCUCAUUAUUGAAAUUUUCGAAAAUCUAUUUGGCGUAGUAGAAAACUCUUGAUAGUUUACUUUGGAUUUUGACCUAGUGAAAAUUAAGACAAAUAUUAUGUGGAUCCUCGUCAUAAUUUCACAGUGUAGUGAAUGAAUAAUUUGUCUUUAAUAUAGGUUGUAAGUGUGACGUCAUUGUACUAAGGUACAUUCUUCACUCGUGACAGCAAAGAAAGUUGUUGAUAUUUUUCAUCUGUUAUUUCGUGUCGAUGGUAAAUAUCUGUCGUACA